AUGUGCUACGUGAACUCGGCACCCUCCUUGCAGAAUCGCUCAUUCCCUGUCCCUCCUCCUGUGUGCGGCGCCGCCGCUGCGUACAGACCACAUCUCGUCGCCCUCCUCCACAUCUCCGGCCAAGGCGCUCACUUUUUCGGCCGUCCUCCACAUCUCCUCGCCCUCCUCCACAUCUCCGGCCAAGGCACUCACUUCUCCGGCCGUCCUCCUCAUCCUCCACCCCAUCCACUUCCUGUUCUCCAAGACUGCAACAUGGUGCUCGGCGGCUGCGGCAACGUAGCUGAUGGAGCGCGAGCCGACCAGUUCAACGGAGGCAGUAGCACGGGGCAGCGGCAACAGCAUGGAGGGUGUCCGCUUGACUGGGAAGGUGAUGGAACUGCAAAUAGGAGUGGCAGCUGCAACCAUGAUGCAAGUGCAAUUGGUUCCCAAAGCUCUUGGAAAGGUAACAUACUAACAUGAUAUGAGCUGUGAGAUUGCAUGGGGUUCUUAUAGAGCUCUAAUUUAGUUCAAAU